GAUCAGUCUACUUUAAAACAAAUGUGCAAAACUUUCCCAGCAUCUCAAAUCAUCUGUCGCGCGUAGCGCUAUCAGAAUCUUAUCUUAUUUGCUUGGCAGUCGCACACUAGCGAUAAGAAGGCGCGGAUUGAUGGGCCGAUAUCGUGAUAAGGUAGUAUUACUAAAGCGACCAUGACCAACGUAGCUCUCGUCGUUGGCGCCGCUAGUAAUCUAGGUUACCAAGUGCUGAUGAAAUUAACAGAAGUGUAUAGACACAAAAUAUAUUUUACGACCGAAGAGGAAUCUUUAGGGUACAACGUGUUGAAAGCAUUACAUACGAGAAAGAAUGACUUGAAGCACAUACAAAUGGAUGUAACGAUAACGAAGAGUAUCAUAAAGUUGAGGCAUUAUAUUCAAGAUAUGGACGAGAGGAUUGAAUUGCUGAUAAAUUGCACGGAUCACAUGCCAGAGAAGAAUAUACCGCAAACGGAGAGAGUUAGAAGAACUUUAAGUGUGAACUUUUAUGGUUAUAUAAACUUUGGAAAUUUAGUGUACCCUAUUUUAAAUGAAAAUGCACGAGUGGUGAAUGUAUCUGGGCCUGCUGGUUUGUUAGCUACUAUAGAAAAUGAGACUAUUAGACAGAGGAUAGGAGAUCCAUCGCUAACUGAAGACGAAUUAGUUGCUAUUAUGCAAGAGUAUGAAGAAGCUGCUAGAAGAGGCGAAGAAAGAACCCUGGGUUGGGGAACUAACGUCCAUGCAGUCAGCAAAGUUGCUCUAAAUGCUGUGACAUUUUUGCAACAUAGACAGUGGAGUGAUAAAGGUGUAGUGAUAAACUGCGUUAACCCUGGCAAUCUGUCGACGAGGGAAGAUAGGAGGACCUCGAAAGUUUUUGAGGAUGGUGCCAAAGCUAUUUUGUAUUUGGCAUUGGAGGCGCCUUUGUCGGUAAAGGGCAAUUUCGUUUGGAGUAACUAUUCAGUUAUUGAAUGGAAUUGUGAUCCUUAUGUGGAAGUGACUACGGUGUAAAUUAAGAGCCUUAUCUAAAUUUAACUAUUAUUGAACUUAUAGAUUUUUGAAAGAAUGAUACGUUGGCUGUAGAACAUUUACGUUUAGUUUAAGAUAGAUAACUGUUUUAAAGUGAUAAAAUUGUGAGAUAUGUGUUUUUUGCUUUAAUUGUUGUAUAAUAUUGAUAAUAAUAAUAACAAUUAAAUGUAUUUAUAAUAACUACUGAUUAAAUAACAUAAUUUUCUUUGAAUUACUCUUAUAAGAUGCAUGGCUCCAAACUAUUGUUAAUCUUUUGACUAUGUUGACUACUUUUGACUACUUUUGCGCCAAGUGUUUAACGAUGUGACUUUCAUAAUAUGUAUAAAGGUUGUGGUGAUGUUUGAAACAGGACAGCAGAGAUAUAAUCCCUGCGGCAACAUUCUAAAGAGAAUCUAGAAUAUCAGUGCACAUUUAGAUAUCAUUUCAAAAUCAAACGUAGCAGUAGUUGACAGACAGAGCCAGCAUUGAGUAAUAUCCGGUUUCACAGCAGCAUUCAGAACAUACGCCGCAGUCAUAAAACAACCUUUACUAUCAGCAAAUAUACAUCGCAUAUGUGGUGUCCGAUAUUACUAAACGGAAUUGGUGAUCGCACCUUUAUUUUAUGGGAAAUAAAGGUGAAAACGGUAUUCAUAGGAUAUGCUAAAUUCGACUCCAUUUCUAUGUUUACUUAAUCUAAUAUGUUACAACAACACCCAAGCUGAACACAAUAUAGAAAAAGCUAGUUUCCUUCAUUGACAUCGUUAAU